UUUGAUUUAAUUUUAUUUACAAAUUACAACCAACUUAGGUUAUUAGCUGCGCUACUAAAAUGUCGGUUCUACCUUUAGGAAUUAAAACACAAACACAGAAACUAUGUAGCCUUUAUAAAAGAACACUGCGCAAUUUAGAAGCCUAUUAUGAUAGACGGCAUGUAUACCGUUUCCAAGCGGUGCUGUGUCGCGAGAGGUUCGACCAGAUCCUGGCACUGAAGGACCAGCAAGAGUUCAAUCGACGCCUGCAAGAGGAGGAGGAUGCUCUCUUUGCUAUCAUACAUCCCAUUCCUAAGAAGUUCCCGAACAGCGUGGGCGGUGUGGCGCACAACCGAGUGGUGACGCCGCCCGACUGGGUGCUGGACUACUGGCACCCGCUCGAGAAGGCGCAGUACCCCGAGUACUUCCGCCGCCGCGAGGAGCGCAAGAAGGAGUUCGUCGCGCUCUGGGAGAAGGAGUUCGGCAAGCAGGACGCGCAGGACAAGCACCACUGAGCGCCGCACUCCAACGAUUUAUACUUACAUUAAUACGCGAUUAAAUAGUUGUUAAAAGUUAA